AUGCCCGUCUACCACACAAACCCCUUCAUCGAAAGCCUAAGUCUCAUGCCCCGCCACACCGACGACGUUCUCAAAAGCACAAACCCCAGCCCCGACACAACCCUCAAGAUCGUCGCGGCAGUAUGGGCAGUGGGAUGGAUCAUGUUUGGCAUCAUAAGCGUUGUUAGUCUCAACGCGCGCGGAAGAGCUGGCAAGUGGGUGCCGGAGUGGUAUCUCGACUCUGAAGGGACAAAAUGGGCCAAGCUGAGCGUCGCGGCGUGGUGGACUUUUGUGGUGCUGUUUUGGCCGGUGAUUUGGAUCGUAUACCUUGUUGGGAUUACGUGGAGGGCUAUGAAGAAGGGGUAUGGGAAUUGGAAGCUUAGAAAUAUGGAUUUCCAGAGUCCUGAUGGUGGUGAUGUUUAA